AUGAACGAGCAGGUCGCAUUCUUUGAUUUCAAAUUGUAUUUGAACUCGAAAACCGAGAUCAUUGACAUGUUCAACAAUUCGCAUGAUAUUGCCAUUGUCACCAUUUUCACGAUGAAUUCGAAUCGCGAUUUCAACAUUUUUGAAUUUAUUAUUGUUAUGUUAUUGCUUAUCAUUGCUGGCCUCAUCAAUUUUGUUGGAGCAAUCGCGAUAAAAAGAGCUGGUGAUUACGAGCGAGUGCCUCGUCGAUGGUUUUUCUGGAGCCUAGCCGUUUUUUUCAAUUCACUAUGCCUAUUUCUAUCAUGUUUGGCCGUGUCGAGUGUCCUCCAAUUGAAGCUCACAUUCGUCGUCUCGCUGACAUCAGUUUGCCUAUCAAUGCUGACGCUUGAGUUCACUUUCCGCAUCAAUAAAAAGCAGCUAAGGUCUCUUGAAAGCCAUGACCAUAAAGAGGCCUAUACGUUGAGCAGAAAAUUUCAGCUUCAGGAGAAUGUGAACAGCUUGAAGCUAAUCCGCGGGGUCGCGAUAAUUGUUGGCUUUUUCCUCGUAUUCGUCGUGCUCACCGAAUGCCUUCCAGUGUUGCUCAAUUUUUCAGACGGCUGGAUUCGCCGAUGCAAUUUGAUAUUCGACACUUGUACCCAUUUGUAUGAUGAUGAUAAUUUUGCUCACAAUUCAGUGAGUUCUUCAGAAAUCCAUUAUUAA